CCAAUUUUGAACCUAAACAAUACUUGAGCAAAACAAAUAAAAACACUUUUGUUGUCAUUUAAAUAGAAACCUUUAAGAUUCAGCUGGAAAGAUGUGUGGGGCAAAGAUGCUACAGUUCCUCCAGACCAUUUCCCGUAGGAAACCUUUGGACCCUGAAGGAGAAAUAUCCAACUUUCGGCGCUGCCUGACCACCCUCGACCUGGUGGCUCUGGGGGUCGGCAGCACCCUGGGGGCUGGUGUUUAUGUGCUCUCAGGAGAAGUGGCCAGGACCUCAUCUGGUCCCAGCAUAAUUAUUUCCUUCCUGAUCGCAGCUAUAGCCUCCGUCUUUGCAGGAUUGUGUUAUGCUGAAUUUGGAUCUCGGGUUCCUAAAACAGGUUCAGGCUAUCUCUACUGCUAUGUGACCGUGGGGGAGAUAUGGGCUUUUAUUACUGGCUGGAACCUACUCCUUUCUUAUGUCAUUGGAACAUCAAGUGUUGCAAAAGCAUGGAGCGGGACUUUUGAUGAUCUCUGUGGAGACGUUAUUGCCAACUCUCUGGGCAAAGUGGCCAAGAUAGGUGUACCUGGAUUUGCUCCAUACCCAGAUUUCUUUGCAGCUGGCCUCAUAAUACUCUUAUCAGGAAUUCUUGCAUUUGGAGCAAAAGAGUCGGCUACAAUAAAUAAGGUAUUUACAGCCAUAAACAUUGUGGUGUUGCUGUUUGUUAUCCUUUCUGGUUUCAUCAAAGGGGACAUCAAUAACUGGUACAUUAAUGAAGACACAAUCAAAAGAUCAAUUAAAAAUGCAUUCCGUAAUGAAACCUUCCAAGGUGGAACUGGAGGAUUUUUUCCCUUUGGCUUUGAGGGAACAUUAGCUGGAGCAGCCACUUGCUUUUAUGCUUUCGUUGGGUUUGACUGCAUUGCAACAACUGGAGAGGAAGUUCAGAAUCCUCAGAAGGCAAUCCCAAUUGGCAUAGUGGCAUCCCUCCUCAUCUGUUUCCUGGGUUACUUUGGUGUGUCCGCUGCCUUGACUCUGAUGAUGCCGUACUAUAUGCUCAGCAUUAACAGCCCACUGCCCGUGGCUUUCACAUAUGUUGGUUGGGGCCCGGCAAAGUAUGUAGUGGCCACUGGAUCCCUCUGCGCACUUUCAACAAGCCUGCUGGGAGCAAUGUUCCCGAUGCCCCGUGUUCUCUUUGCCAUGGCCAGAGAUGGACUUCUCUUCACACCGCUCUGUAAAGUGAGCUCCAGACAAAGUCCUGUCAUUGCAACGCUGGUUUCUGGGGUUGUUGCAGCUGUCAUGGUGUUAUUGUUUGACUUGAGGGCGCUGGUUGACAUGAUGUCAAUUGGAACACUCUUUGCCUACACACUUGUUGCUAUUUGUCUUCUUAUACUAAGGUACCAAGCUGAACUCAGUGAAGAUUUAAAUUUAGCCGAGACAGAACCAUUCACAGUAGGAGGUAUACUGGKUCCUCCCUCCCAAGGAACCACACGGACAUCAAAGAAUGUGUCUAUUUUAACUACUGCUACUGUUUUAAUUUGCUUAAUCCUGASCRUCUUAAUAUCCAAGGGUGYAGACUCCCUACGRACACUUCAAUGGUGGAGUUUACUUGGUGUUAUUGUGUUUGUGCUGAUAYUCGUCRUUACURUAUUACUCAUCUGGAGACAGCCACAGAAUUCAGCCAAAGCUGCUUUCAUGGUCCCUUUUGUGCCUUGGGUUCCCAUUUUAAGCACUUUUGUAAAUAUCCAUCUCAUGGUUCAAUUUGGAUCAGAAACCUGGAUUCGCUAUGCAGUCUGGAUGACAAUAGGUUUAACUAUCUACUUUUGUUACGGGGUUCAGCACAGCAUACAGAAACAAAGAAAGGAGUCAGUUUGUAAACCAUCACCACAAUGAUGGACCUAAGUAUUAAAGGAAUUUUUAUGUAGCUCAAA